UCCAGCUGACUGGCAGAGAGGGAGAGAGAGGGAGAGAGAGGAAAAUAAGAGCCAUCAGCCCCAUCUAUCCGUCUCUCAUACUACUGGAUAUUAUUAUUUUUUCCGGGGGAUCUCUUUAUUUCCGUCAUCUUGUCAUUUUUUCGCCCCUCUUUUUGUUCUUCGCUCUUUUCUGUCUUGGAGACUUCCCACCGCCGCGACUCGACUGUACUCCGCUGUUUCUACUGCCUUUAUUUCUGCUCUCUUAAUAUUGUUUAUAGCUCCCUCUGGACUCACCGAGCGAUCGACCGACCAACUAACCGACUGACAGCUACUCCUGGAGGAUGAAUUAGACUCGGUCAACAUGGUGCCAUUUUGGAUAUAAAUCCUCCCUCUUUUUUCUUUUUUGUUUCGUUUUUUUUCUUUCGCACAUUUUCUUGCAUGGGACUGGCGACAAUCAGGUGGACACCCUGAGCGCACACGCGUCACCUGUCCGCGCACCUUUUGAAGGCGCGCCCGUCAAUUAGCAUCACUAAGUGGAUUAUUUUGAUCUUACGGUCUCUUGCAGGUUGCCCCACUCCACUUCCUCCUACCCUCACCUCCUCCUGUCCUCCUCCUCCUCCUCUUAUUCCCCCCGAGAAGUUAUGUCAAGGCCUCUCACCCAGCUCCUACCACCGGAUCUCCCUGCCGGGGCCACAAGCCCUCAGUUUGGGGCCAGCAACCCGGCUGGAAGCGGCCCCCAAGGUGGACACCUGACCUCUAUGACCAACCUGAAGUCUCUGCUUCAGGUGCCAAUCAAGGCAGACCAGAGAGGCCCCAAGGACUGUUGCGAGAUGAAAGACAAAGACAAGCCUCUGGACUCCGAUGAAGACUCUCUGGGUGUCAGUGCCGGUGGAGCAAAUGGGGUGGGAGGAACCCCGGGCUCUGGCGCACUGCGACCCAACUCACAGUCAGCCUUCCUGGGCCCGCUGCUGUGGGAGAGGACCCUGCCGUGUGAUGGAGGCCUGUUCCAGCUGCAGUACAUGGACUUGGAGGAGUUCCUGACUGAGAAUGGGAUGGGGAUGCACAACAAUGGGCCCAGCUCUGCUACUGCCCAGAUCCCCUCGCAGAGCUCCCAGUCUGCGGUGCCUAACCAGAGUUCUCAGUGUCCUCCCACCUCUCCUCCGCCCUGCUCCUCCUCUUCCUCCUCCAUGUCCUCCUCAUCCUCUUCUUCUUCACUGCUUGGACUGGAGACCGUCCAACCACAACCACAGCCGCCACCACCUCAACAGCAGCAAAGCAUGAUGGGAGGACCUGAAUGUCUACAUGGUGGUCAGGCAGUGCCUCAGGACCCGUCACCCCCUUCUACCUGCCCUCCGGCCCCCCCUGGACCUCCAGCCGGCACCAACGGCAACAGCGACAUCAUGGUGAACUUUGACCCUGACCCGGCGGACCUAGCGUUGUCCAGCGUGCCAGGCCAGGAGGCAUUUGACCCACGGCGGCACCGCUUCACGGAGGACGAGCUGAAACCUCAGCCGAUGAUCAAGAAGGCCCGCAAGAUGCUGGUUCCCGACGAGCAGAAGGAUGAGAAAUACUGGAGCCGGCGAGUGAAAAACAACGAGGCGGCGAAGCGCUCGCGGGACGCCCGGCGACUGAAGGAGAACCAGAUCUCAGUGCGCGCGGCCUUCCUGGAGCGAGAGAACGCCGCCCUUCGCCAGGAGGUGGCUGACAUGAGGAAAGAGCUGGGCCGCUGCAGGAACAUCAUCAACAAGUACGAGAGCCGGCACGGAGACUUGUGAGGAGACGGACGGAGGCGGAAAAGGCGGGAGGGGCAUCGGAGAUGAGACAAGGGUACAAGGCAACCCAGCAACAGCAGCACUUUAGUUGAAGUGGCGAGUCGGGGGUGGGGGGAGGCUGACGUAGAUCUGCAGUAAGCACCGUGCGACACCGGGCGCAAACGCCACAAGCGUCUUUUAGCGCGCGCACUGUGCUUCAGGAUGUCAUGACAGGAAAGCACAGCGGCGCCACAGUUUAUUUUCCGAGUUUGACUCUGUAGAUGCUGCUUUGCUGAAUCCACACACCGUACUGUAUCACCACCUCGUGACACCUCGGCAGCUUUACCCUUGGUGCUGUGCUUACGCCCGGUGCCGCAUGGCGUUUUUGCAGGUAGUGCGUUUCCAUCCGCUGCUCUGGCCAGUUCAAACAGGGUGUUGAAUUCACAAUAUGCCAGUGAAAUCUCACUUUUUAAGCUCAAGGCAUGGACACAAGCCAGAAGAGGUCAGAUGUGUAAUUUUUUGUUUUCUAUAAAUAGGAAAAAAAGAAAACAUGUAUAUUUUUGAACUGGGCAGGAAAGCAAGACUAGUCCAGCAAAGAGGAGGACGGGGGGAGGAAGAAGAGCAGGGCUUUCGUCAAUAACGCAAAGAGAUUUUGACAUAGGAUUAUUGUAUAUUUUUCUAUUAGCAGAGGUAUUUAGGAGGAGGAUUUUGGAGAUAAUCUUUUGUAUAUUUUAUAUAUGGGGCGGGAGGGGCUGUUAGCUGGACAGUCACGGGGCCACAUAAAGCGCUUUUCCUCCCAGCUGUUUAUUGCUAAACAACAAAUAAUCUAUUUUCAAAUUUACAGAGCUGGUUAGUCAGAGGAAGAGGUGUAACAGAGAAUGUAUCACGGUCGAAUCAGGUAUUUCACACAGCGUGAGACAAGGCGAGGUAUUUUAGACUGUUUUCGGCGCUGAAGGGGGGAGGAGGAGGGUGGGCGGAGGCAGGAAGAAGGCAAAACAACAAAAAAAUUGUAUAGUUUAAAGAAAAUCUUUGUGUUUGUUUUCUCUGUGAGCUCGUUCAAGCACUUCAGUUUUUAUCUUCUAUUUGAUUCCGUGUCUGAUUCUGACAUAAAUCGAGGGGCUUUUAUUUUUCUUUUUGAAGCUGAAGGAGGAAAUAAUAAUUAGCCAUCCGAACAGCUGGAUGUGAGCAGAUGUGCGAGGAUAAGUAAAAGGAGAGAUUUUCGCUGGCGGGUUUGCGUUUUAUUUCGGUGAAUGUGUCUUGCUCACAUGUAAACGCACACACACUGACAAACACUUUUAACCAUCGCGCAACAUGAUUGCUUUCGGUUUCUUUACUCAUCAAUCAUGUCUAGGUGCAAAAAUUGAAUACUAACUGGUUUAAGGUUGAUCUGCCCAGAUCGAACAGUGACUGAAACACACACACACACACACACACACACAGUCCUCACCAAGGUUUUAACCCUUAUUGUUGUUGUUGUUGAUGUUGUUAAGGACUUUUAUGGUGCUGAUCUAAUCUGAUCCUCGACCUGACACACACACACACACACACACACACACACACACACACACACACACACACACACCUUCUCAAACACAGUACUGAACUGCCUAUACCCUUUCUUUGUCUUUAUUCCUUAUUCUUUAUUUUUUCUCUCUUUUUGUUGCAUAUUGUAUUGAUGAAUCAUAUAUUUAGAUUUUCACACACAUACUUGUCUAUACCUCUCCUUCAAACUUUACCCAAUGAGAAAGAGAAAUGCACCCUACUGCUACUGUACCAUACAACUGUACUAUUGACUAUUAAACUAUUCUCUCACUAGAUAUAUAUGUGUAUAUGAUAUAUGCUUGAAUUAUGUGAUUAUAGUUGUAAUAUACAUAAUUGAAUAUAUUUCAGAGAAAACUCAUUGGAAUCAUUUUGUCAGUUUUUUCUCAGGUGUUGUCUGAGGUAUUAAAUAUGCAUAUUAAAAAAUAAGAAACACUAAAAAAAUCUUUGAUCCGAUCACAGGAUUUGUGGAUUGGUUUGUUAUUAUUAUUUUUAUUUUUUUGGUUGUAUUUUACAUUUGCUGUAUGAAUUUAUUGUUAUGAUUCCGUUUUAGCCCGUUUUUGUUACUAAGUCACCAGCAUGGGAUAGAAACUCCACAGACUAACUGUAGUUGGCUAAGCCUCGCUCCCCUGUUGCUACGCCUGUCACACUUUGCAUUCUACAGUAAAGUUUAACCGAGGGGGUUUUGCAUAAAACCUUCUGGUUUCAUAGAGUUAUUUUGACACCACCAUCUAAAUACAUAUGAGAGGUCCAUAACUGUAAGUGGUAGAAACUCCAGUCCAAUCCAAAAAGAACUGCUUCAAAAGACUGGUGACUACCACCCAAAAUAGGGUUAAAAACACUAUUUUUCCUCCACAGUCAUAGACGGUAUAAAAGAGUAACGUAGCUACUCAGAUAUCAUCAAUAUAUACUGUUGUGUGAAGCCUCCUGAUGAGUGUUUUCGCCAUCUUGGUGCUUUGUAACCAGGUGUGAUGACAAGAUGCCGAUUGCAGUCUAAAACUGCCGGUCAGUCACAAGCCAGUAGCCAAUGAGUGUGCCCCAUGUAGUCAUUUCAAAAACACAUUGUGAUUAAAAUUAACAGAAUUUAAAAAAAACAAAAACAUUUUAUUCUCCAUAACUGAGUGGUAAACUUUAGAGAGAUGUUUUCCUGUAGACUUUAAUCGGACCAAAGCUAUUGCCAUCUAGUGGCCUUUAGAUAGAAUGCAGGAUUUUGGAUAAUUCUGCAUUAGCUACUUUUUCCAACAUGGAAGCUACAUCCGUCUUAUAUAAUGUCUAUGCACACAGCAAAAGAAGUUCUGAAACUGUGUUUCGAAUGCCAUUUAAUUAAAUGUAAUACAUUUCUGAACACCAUGUUUCCUCCCUGUAAAAUUAAAGCAGAAAAACUUAAAUUCUGGGAGAUUAAUUAGCUGUAGCUAUUAUCAACCUAGCUAACAGCUUGUUAACAUUAAAACGAAGCUGAAAUGAAACUGGUACUUCUGGAAACUUCUUUUUCAGGGGUAAGAAAACCUAAAAUCCCAGUCUGACAGUUUUAACUAUAAAAUAGGUCAAACUAACUGAAACUAAAAACAAUACAAAUUUACCCAAGUGUAGGCCUGUGACAUUAGCUGAUUUAAUGUUCGCCUCCUACUAUACAAAAGAUUACUGUUGUAAUACUGGAAUGUGUCCAGUGAAAAGUUUGAGACGCUAAUGUGCAGCCAUCACCUUAAAAAUAGACAACAGCACCAAGUAAUUAACUUGAAUUAAAAUGUUUUUCUUUCUUUAUGAGCUAAAUGCCAAGAUUAAUGAUUUUUAGCAGGAUUAUACUCUGGUUUUAUUCGUAAAUAUUUUUAUAGAAUUUUAUCACCAUUUUCUCAUCAUCUGAUGACAUCUGAUCAGAGUGGGCAGGACUCAUAAGGGAUCAUUUUGUGCAGAUGAAAAAUCAUAUGACCUGCAAAAUGCCCAUUCUGAACCUGGAGCAGGAAGUCAAUAACCUUAUUGUGAUGGCUGUUAUAUCCGACUGAAGCUUUAGGUUUUGCUGAGCCAGAUAACGCAACAAACCCUGGAUGUGUUGAACUCUAGUUCCUAGUUCCUCCCUCCUGUUUAGACCAAAUAUGAGCACACACCCCUUGAAAUUCAAGUAGCCCAGCCAGUCUGGACUAUUUUAGUGUGUCUAAAAAAAACCCCCACAGCAUCUGCUAAUUUCCUCCAUAUUUAAUUUAAUCCCUCAAAGGCAAUUAAAAACUCUUCAAAUGUUUGUUUCACUAUACUAAGAACUCAAAAAUUUGACAGGCUGAAUUCGCUACAUGUGCUAGGCUGUGAUUGGACAGUGACUGAAUGGGGGGGGCUUAGCUGACUGUUAUAUAGAACUGUUUAAAUUUACAGAGAGCACUGAAACCUUAGCUCUUGUUACCUGCUAUACAGUCACACUUGCAAGUAUUAUGAUUGUUCUUGAUAUUUCUUUUGUUGUUUUAUGCAACAGCUUUUUUUCUUCAGGUGAUUUUAGCCUGACAUAACUAUAUUUUCAUUCCCAAGGCCGACUUUCACAUAUCCCAUGAGCCUGUUUGCUGCUGGCCUCAUCCACAAAGACUUAAUCAAGCCACAGGUGUAUAAUGGGAGUUGUAGGUCUAGCUUUGAUAUACAGUAUGUACUGUAUGUUUUCCUUUCCCUUGUCUUCUUUUUUGGGGGGAACAUGUUUAAACCUGAGACACAAACUUUUGAAUUUAGAUCCCUGGAAGAAACUCAGAGCUUCUUACACUUCCAUCAGUUGUUGGAAGAAGGAAGUCAUCUUUUUUUCUUUUGAUAUCUUGGAUUUGGGGAUUUCUUCACAGACCUUUCUGAAACUUUUUGACAGUGCUAUUUUUCUAUGUAACUGUGUUGUUUUGCGUGGUACAACUUUUUCUGGCGGGUGUUUGAGGCCUGCUCUUCAUGUGGCAGCAGUGACAGUCUGCUGCUGUGUGAUAAAACGGCAUUGCGGGUAAUAAUGACAACAAUAACGAUGAUGAUAACAAUAAUGUACACAGCCUUGUUAUUUCUUCUUCAACUUUGUGGAUUCUCAGCUAACUUCCUCUUGUUGUGACUGACUGUUAUAAACUGCAAAUCCCAUGAGCUCGACACUACCCCGGCUCCUCACCAGUAUUGUGUGCUGUCCACAGGGAUGAUGGCAUAUGUGGUCUUUUUCCCCCUCCAAACACGAAUAAAGGCUAAUCCUUAUUCACCAA